UCUGAGUUGGGUCGCCUCCUCCUUGCCUAUUUGGAGUUUGAAGCCGGUGAGUUGUCCCGUCUAACAGAAAUUUGUCAAAAUGCAGAGAUCUUCUGUAACCAAACGAAGGCUCUAGGGCCUGCUAGCACCUCUUGCGAAGCUGCUGGUGCCGGGCUUCCACUGAGUCUGCACGAGGAGCAAGCAACUCGUGUAACUGGAAUCGUUCAGCUCCUUCGUCAGCUCGACUCAGAUGCUGCAAAUGCGAGUGCAGUAGAUAUGCUUAUCUCUCUUCGUCAGUUCGAGCGCGCUGAAGAACUUUCCCGUCGCCUUGUUAGGACUCAUCCAGAUAUUGCUUUUACAUGGCUUCUGCUUGUACGAGUUCGCCUAUCUGCUGGUCACUUCGCCACAGCUCGUGAAGCUCAGCGAAAUGCUGGCAGACUUUUGCCAAACAAGCAGCUUAUCAUCUUCGUCAUAGGGUAUUUUUUUGUUUUUUUUAAUUAG